AUGUCAAAUCAAACUCCCUAUUCGAAGAAGAAAAAUAACGACAAGUCACCAUGGUUUGAAACAUUAGAAAUUUGUCUUCAACCAUCAACAAACUCUACAGUUUCAAACGUACUAUAUAGGCCGAUCACUGACCCUUCCGAUGAUAGAAUUUUUGUCGUAACUAACAAAAACGUGGAUGGCUAUGUGAAACCCCCUAAAAACUGGAAAUUCGAAGAAGAAAUACGAAAACACAAUGAGAAAGAUUCCAAGAAAUUACGAAAACUCACAACUGCCGAUUUGGAAGCUAUUGGAGUUGUAUGA